CCCCUCGUUACACCUCGAGAUGAAGCUUUCUCGGCGCCAUGGCCCCUCCCAAGUUGCCCCCGGCUUCUUCUUUCUUUUUUUUUUCUUGCCUCCACAAUCUCUUCCUCCUGGCUGGCCGUUGCUUCCUGUUCGGCGCCGUAUAUAAAAGCCCGGCGCCACCCGUUCGUUCCAUCGGGGAGCGCGGCCGCAGGCGGCGAGGACCCAGCUGGAGCGACGAUUCCAUAUACGAUCUCGAUGGCUAUGAAGUCCCUCACAGCUACCGCUUCGUCCUGGCGCUCUACGCCCUCAUCUUCCUCCUGGGCGUCUUGGGCAACGGGGCCGUCAUCUGGGUGACCGGCUUUGAGCUGCGGCGCACGGUGAAUGGCAUCUGGUUCCUCAACCUCUCCAUGGCUGACCUCCUCUGCUGCCUGGCCCUGCCCUUCCUGGCCCUGCCGCUGGCCCGUGACCACCAUUGGCCAUUGGGUCACUUCGCCUGCAAGCUGCUGCCUUCCCUCACCAUCCUCAACAUGUUCGCCAGCGUCCUCCUCCUGAUGGCCAUCAGCAUCGACCGUUGCGCCAUGGUGAUGCGACCGGUGUGGUGCCAAAACCACCGGACGGUGGGGCUGGCCCGGGGGGCUUGCGUGGCCGCCUGGUUCCUGGCUGGGCUCCUCACCCUUCCCUCCUUCAUCUUCCGUACCACCCGUUCCGACAUGUUCUCCGAGAAGACGACCUGCGUCCUGGACUACGUGGCUGUGGGACGCCACCAACAUCUCACCGAGCUCAUCACGGCUGUCACACGCUUCAUCUGCGGCUUCCUGGUGCCCUUUGUGGUGAUCACGGCUUGCUACAGCCUGCUGUUGACCCGCAUCCACAGCAAGGGCUUCUCCCGCUCCCAGAAAGCUGUCAAGCUCAUCUUGGUGGUCAUCAUCAGCUUCUUUGUGUGCUGGCUGCCCUACCACAUCGUGGGGUUGAUCCUGGCUUCCACCCAUCCUCACAGCAGGUUGUUUAAGGGCGCCCUGGAAGCUGACCCCAUCGUGGCUGGCAUUGCUUACAUCAACAGCUGCAUCAACCCCAUCAUCUACGUCAUCAUGGGACAGGACUUCAAGGACAAGUUCCAGCGUUCCUGGAGAGCCGUGUUGCGGGGCGUGCUGAGUGAUGAUCCUACCACCAGCACCAUGGGGGACAGCAGGAUGAAGACCAAGUCCACCAUGGAUGACCGUAGCGUCAGCACCACAGUGUGACCAGGAGCGAGGUGGCUCCGGGGCUGGAACCUCCCUUGCGUUGCUUGAGGUCACCACCUUCUCCUCUCUUGGGGAUCCCGCUGGGCCCCGUAGAGAGAAGAUGUCUCCAUCACCCCCUUUCCCCACGUGGUUGCAGGCUUGGGAAGCUGUGUGCCCACCUGCCCCUGGGGACCUCCUCCUGCCUUCCUCCAUGGCCUGCCAGGGGCGAGAGGACUUUGUCCUUGCACGCAAUACCAUGUUUUGCUUCUCUAGCCCAAGCAUGGACUCUAUUUCCAGCUCCUCCCCACUCUCACCUGCCCCACGUCUCCACCUCCCAGCCCCACGUCUCCACCACCCAGUGAAGUCCAAGAUGUGGGUGAGCCCACCUGCAGGCCAAACCCCCCUCCAUCACCCCAAAAACUCAACUCCACCCCACUGAUGGGGGGCUGGUGGCUGCCCUUCACGGUCACCCUGCCUUCACCGUAGCCAUGUCCACCGCUGCCAAUAAAUACUGAAGUUCCUCAA